CUCCAACGGAAGAAUAUUUAAAGCAGCAAUUCUCCCACUAACCACAGCAGUCAGACAACGUUUUGGUGUUCAACAUGUGCCGUCAUAAAUUCGCAACAUUUCUGUGGCUGUUACUAUCAAUUCUGCAAGCGGUGGCAUUAUUGAAUUCUUUGGAACAAUGGGGCAUACAAUUCGAUGAAACAAAUCGUAGUUUGGAAAAGGUUAUUGCAGACUAUUUCCGCGCGAAAACUCCUUUGCUUGGUGUUGCAGUUAAUCUGCAAUACACCUCGGAUUGGGUUUAUAAAAUCGAACAUUAUCUGUCAUUGGCAUUUGUCGGAAAAGACUUGAUGAAAUGUGAGACUUCUACUGAGGGGAAGAAACAAAGUUUCUUGUUUGCCUAUAAUUUAUGGUAUGUGGAUUCAUAUAAGGCCUUUAGCGCCCUUCUACCGGUUACUGAAAACAAUGAAUAUGUUCACAAAAUGGGUAAUUAUAUGGUGAUUAUGAAAACGGCCGAUCAGCUUAACAGUGGCGACGAGUUGAAGAAGAUUUUCGAAAAAGCCUACGAACGCAACAUCAUACAUAUUACGGUGGCUUUGCAUGUGGAAAGCUUUACGUUCAACUUCUACACCUACAGCAUAUUCCAGCCGGGAAAAUGCCGAAACGUGGCAUUGCAACUAAUUAGCCAGUUCAAGGACGGCCGUUUGACAAAGGCGGAAUUAUUUCCCAUGAAGCUACAGAAUUUCCAUAAAUGUCCCAUCGACAUUUUUGUACGUGUAUCCGAUCCGUUCUUCAAUUACUCGCUUAAUGGUGCUGGCAAAGAAAUCAAACAUUUCUGGGGUUUGGAGGCCAAGAUGUUGCAAGUUGUAGCUGAAAAACUAAAUUUUAAAAUACGCCUGCAAAAAUCGAGAGAUUGGACCAUUGGCAGGUUAUACCCAAAUGGCACGGCCACGGGUGCCUUUCUGGCAAUGUCGCGGGGAAAAUUUGAUGUCUUGGCUGGUUUUUAUCAUUCGGCAACUAGGGCGCGUAUCUUUGCCGUGAGCAUACCCUAUAUGUUGACAUCAUCUGUGGUGGUGUAUCCCAAGCGAAAGCAAUCAUUGGCCGAGGGUAGCUGGCUGUUGGCCCCCUUUCAAGGCUCAGUGUGGCUUCUGGUGUUGAUUGCGAUGAUUUUCGCUUUAACCUCAGUCCUGGCACUGCGUUGUGCGUUUAGGAAGACUAAUGUAAUCCAGAACUCAUGGUUGGAUGUAGUCGGACUGGUACUGGGAAAUGCUAGAAAUAUACGCUAUAGCAUUAUUGGCUGCUUUGCAACGCUUUGGACAUUUGGGUUUGUCAUUGUUUGGAGUGCAUUUCAGGCAAAGCUGUACGGAGCUUUCCACAUCCAGGCCAUAUCAAGGCCCUACUCCGUGGAUAAUCUGAUAGCCAACAAUUAUACAUUUCACAUAAGGCGAUACUUCAAUGGCGAUUUAAUCGAGGCCUUGCAAAUUCCCCCCGCACAAAUCGUGUACACUGAUAAGAGGGAAAAUCAUAGCGAUUUCUUCGAUCAUCUCCACAAUCCCCAUCCGCAUGCCAUAAUGACUGACUAUUUGCUAUUUCAGAAUUUUCUCAAAACCUAUCAUUUGUAUGACAGUUUUGAAAUAGUUCCCCAGAUUGUGGUCCUUAAUCAAUUGUGCGUCUAUUUUAAGCCACAAUCCAUUUUCAUGGAACCGUUCGACAGAAUUCUAAAUGCCAUGCAUUGUGCCGGUUUGAUCAAGAAAUGGUUAAGCGAUAUUUUCGGUCAUCCUCACGGGCCCACCUCAAAUAAAAUGGUACCGAAAACGGUACCAAUACCACUUUCAUUGGCAAAAAUGUCUGUGGUAUUUAAAGGCCUAUUGAUAUUGCAUGCCGCAUCUUUUUUGGUGUUUUUGUGUGAAAUUUUUAUGCACACUUAUUUCAGGCGAAUUGAAAUAUUGAAAAAAUGUUAAAAUUU